AUGGAAAGUAUUCUUGAAAAAGACGAAGAAAAAAGGGAUCUUGAUAAUUUAAUAGCAAUUACUAGAAGAGAACAACUUUAUCAUAGCCUUGCUCAUGAUAGAGGCCAUCGGUGAAAAACAACUCUUUUUGACGUCUUUAUUAGGCUUGAAUCAAUUGACGGAAAAAGAAAAACCAACAAAUAUCAAGUUUUUCUAAAUUAUUUAGGACUCAUUGUAAGAAAAUUUCAAUUGUUGUCGAUGGUAAUUUUUGAUUAUAAUUUAGAUCCGUCAGUCUCUUUGAUUGGGAUAUUUAAUUCGCUGAUGGGUGGAUUAAGAUUUGAUGCCUUAUCAAUUAAAUUAAAUUUUGAAAUUGGGUAUCUUAUAAUUUUAUUAUCAAGUGUUUACUUGUGAGCUCUCAGUUUUGUACUGCUUUACAUCCAGCUUUAUUUUAAAAAGAAGUUUUUGAGAAAAUUAAUAAUAAUAUGUGUAGGGACUUUUGGUUGGCUUUGCGAAUAUAUGCUUUUUAUUCCUUAUAUAGAGGUUUCCUCUAUAUAGCGCUGAAAGCGCAGACAUUUUCCCAGGAGCUUUCCAAGUUCGUCGGACCAAAUCGCUUUUUGGUCCGACCCAAGGCAUUGAUUUGGUGCAACCAACCGAUAAAUUCCGAUCAGAAUUUAUCGGCCUUACAGCGCCAAACAUAGGAAAACUUUUAUACCACCUUAUUGUAUCUCAAAUACUCUUUAAAUUCAAAUGAAAAUGUAACUGAAUAUGGAGACAUCAGCACUAAUCGUCUCCACACUUAUCUUGCAUGGCCACUUGUAUUUGGAGCAGCAAUUUUCCAGUUAAUUUUAUAUUUUAGAACAAUCUGUAGCUGUAAUCCUGCUUAUUCGUUAAAAAAUAAAAGAAACCGAAUGUAUUCUUUGACAACUUUAAAAGAUUUUUUCGCUCAAGAAUUCAUUGUGAUUUUAUCUUUCCAAGGUUCCACGUAUUAUUUUGAGCUUGUAUCAGUAGUAUCAUCUUUAUAUAUCAUUUCUCAGUACUCCUUAUACUUCCCUUUUGUCACUAUUUUUGAUAAUGUUUUUGAAGCUGGCACAUGGCUAAUAUUGAUUUUUGGUGUGAUUUCGCAUAUUGUUGCUUAUGACAUUGGAGCUUUAAGUGCAAAAGUCCUUUUGAUGAUUUUUGUGUUUCCCUUAGCAAUGCUUCUCUUUUAUUAUUUUAUGCAAUGAUAUUUCAAUAAUAUAAAUCAUUCAACUCAAGAGGAUCCUUACACAGUAGAGCUUAAAAUUCGUAGGCUAAUUAAUGGGAAACGCGCUCAAAAUUUUAACAAUGAUCUUCUUGAAAAAGUUAAAAAAAUUUACACUGAAGCAACCAAAAAAUUUCUCUCAUUCAAACUUUUGUUUAUUUGGGAAUGCUUAUUCACCUUGCAUUAUAGAAACAAUAAAUCUUUGGCAUUGCUUAAGCUAUCAAAAAUCAAUUUUUCCUGCUCAAAACAUCUAAAAAUCUGGUAUGAUCAGGAUCGACAAAUUUCUAAAUAUUUCAGUUUUCCAAACCUAGAAGCAGAAUUUUUAUUUUAUUUUUAUUAUAAAAAACUUAUCAAUGAAGAAAAAUCUGAAGAUCUUAUCCUUCUAAGAUAUCUAAAAGAUAUGAAUGAAUUUAAAAACAAAGAUUUAGAAGUGACAUCAGAGCUAUGGAACGUUUGCAAGAUGAUUUCAAAUAUGUCAAAGUUUCACGUAAAGGUAUUUAAUCGAGCUUGCAAAAAGCUGAUAAAUGCAAAACGCAUUUUUGAGAUAAAAGCUGAAAAAAUGAUAAAAAAAUAUCAGUCAGAUUGUGAUUUACUUUCGAUUUAUGGAUCUUAUAUGGCAGAGUUUUUGGAAGAAAAUGAAGGGAAUUUAUUUUUAGCUAGAAGUCAGGCACUGAAAGAAUCGAAUGAUGGAGGGAUUGAAAAACUGACGGGGUUUAAGUAUCAAAAAGGGUCAGCGAUAAUGGUUGUAAGUGGAAUGUUUGGGUCGAUUGGUGAUAUUUUGUAUCUAAAUAAUGAUAUUCUUGAUUUGCUGAAAAUAGAGUGCAUUGAUAAUUAUAUUGGGACAAGCUUUAUUCAAUUCAUGCCUGCCCCUUUUGAUGUGAUGCAUAAUGAUAUUUUAAGAAGAUACCUAAUUUUUGGUGACAAAAUCGACCUAUUCCGGCCCCACAUGUUUUUAAUAACCACAAAAGGCCACUGUGUUGAGGUUAGCAUGCAUUUUCGUCUUGUUUUCUAUAAACAAAUUCCAUAUUUCAUAGCAGAUUUUAAUUCAAGAGGACACAGGAAAAAUCUAAUAUUGCAUUCUCCAGAUGGCUAUAUAUAUGCAGUUUCCAAAGAUAUUCAAAGUUUCAUUGGAAGCCGGAAGGGCACCAUUUUUGAGGUGAUUAAAAAUUAUAUCUAUUAUUAUGAAGACAAUGAAGUUGGAAAAUGCUUUGAGUACAACGAAAAUUUUUACUGCACAAUGAUGAGAUUUAGCCUAUCAAUUGAUGGAUUUGUUUUAGAAGUGCUAUAUAUCGCUGAUUCUAUUGAAGCUAUUACUCCAUUAGAUAGCUCACCUAUUACUAAAACAAGAACUGCCUCGUUCAAUGAAUUCGGCGCUUAUAAAACUGACGUUUCUAUGGAGCCUGACGAAAAUUAUUUAAAAAACACUAUGGGGAGCAAUCAUACUUAUGCUUCAUCAAUUUUAUCAAAAAUCCAAGGAAAAAGAGAAAUUGAAAAAGCAAACCUAAAAAUACUAAAAUUGUGCAGUGCUUUAAAUAUGAAUAUAAGAAUCGCGAUAUUUGUCCUUUUUAUUAUCACCUUUAUAACAAUAAUUUUAGACACUGCGUUGAUCAGUAAUCUAAAAAUGACAAGCAUGCUUGAAGAUCUCGCUUUUAUGAGGUAUUUGGGGAAUUCUAUGCUACUAAAUAUAAGAUCACUUGACUUGAUCAGUCAAGAGCAUGAACCUGCAUUUUUUGAAGAAUAUUAUAGAAAUUCAAUUAAGGAAAACUCAGAAACCCUUGAAAACAGCAUAAUUCUUAUCAAUGAUGAUAUUUCCUCAUACAACUUUCUACACAAUAUUUUUUCUAACCAUUUUGUCUCUAUCUCUGAAAAAAUUGAAGGAAAUUUCAUAAGGACCACAAACGAAAAUUUGUUCCAUUCUUUGCAAGCCUACAUUUCUCAUGCAAAUGUAAUAGCGAAUACCAAUAUAAAAGAUUUCCAUACCAUCCAGAAUGAUUUAUAUUAUGUUUAUUAUAAUUUUCCUACAGGAAUUAUAAGAACUUUAAACGAAAGUGUCCAUACAAUUUCCAUUGAUUAUCAAGAUCAUGUGGAAAAUACUUUUUUAUUUUUGGAAAUUUUUAAAGUUACAUUUUUUGUUCCACCAAUAAUUAUGAUAAUUUUAUCAAUUCCAAGCGUUAUUAUAUUAGAAAAAGCAAAUAAGACAAAUUGGCAUAAUCUUUCGCAUUUGAAUAUUGAAAGACAACAAUAUCUAAGAGACAAACUUAUGGAUAGGCUAAGAGAUUUGCAUGGAAUUGAAGUUGAGCAUAUUGAGCCGAGGCUUGGAAAAACUGAAAUGUACUCUUCAGUUUGGAAAAAAUUCAUAAUAAAAAUAUUUUUGCUGCAGAUUAUCAGCAUUAUUUAUUAUUGUGCUGCUCUAUAUGGAUUUCAAGUCGAGUUAAGUGAAAUUUUUGUUAGUCAAUCAAAAUACAUUUUUAGUCAGGAUCUGACAAGCAUGCUAUCAGAAAAUUCUUACUUUUGGGCAAGAGAAAGAUAUUUAGAUGGCCUAAAUGAAUCUUUUAUUGGUUCAAUUGACAAUAAAUCGCCAUUUCCUUCUUUAGAAGUUCAGCUCGAAAAAUUAAUAGAGGAAUACGAGUAUUUUGAAAAUCUGAUUACAUAUAAAGAUUUCAAAAGGUUUUACAAUGAUGAUAUGAUAAAUUUAGAAGUUGGAAAUCCAUGCGAUAAACUAGAAGAUUCCUUAUCAAACUGCAAAUAUAGUUAUUUGGGUGUAGGAGUCACUGCAGCAGUGAAAAUGUAUUUAGAAGAAUUAAGAGACUUUUCUGUUUUCCAACGUUCAAAUUGAGAAAAUAUUAUAAGAUUAGAAAAAUACACAAACUUAAUUAUAGAAUCCACAAUUGCCAUGAUGCAUGUUUACAAUGACUCUAUGGAUCAAAAAAUUAAUGAAAACAUUAUCAGAUUGAUGGUUACAACGCUAAUGUAUUUUAUUUGUCUGGUUAUUGUAUCAAUUAUACUUGUUUUCGGAGCUGUAAAUAAAAUUAAGAGAGAAUUGAUUGGAAAAAUUGAUAUUUUAAAAUAUUUUUAG